AUGAGGUUUCCGCUUUGGGUGUCCGGUGAGUCGGACCAGUACCGGCUGCACAUUUCCGGGUAUUCAGGCAACGCUGGAGACGCUCUGGAUUACCACAACGGGCAGAGGUUCUCCACUCUGGACAGGGACAACGAUCCCCACACCGGCCUCCACUGUUCUCAGUAUCUCGGACAGUGCGGCUGGUGGUUUAAUGGCUGCAAUCAGGCCUACCUCAACGGUCCCUACGUGCGCACCUGUAUUGACUACGGCUGUGUAACCUGGAGGGGAGACUCUCUGAAGUCUGUGUCUAUGAAAAUCAGGCCACAAUAA